ACUACGUGACGCUUGACCUUCCUGUUUCCCGCUCUGUCUCUCGAUCUUGCUAGUAGUUAUAGAAGCCGAGAAGUGCCUCUCGUCGCUUUGCCAAAAAUCCAGGUUUUUCGGUGAAUCAUGUCAAUUUUAGAAGAUGAAGAGGAGUUGGUGCCGCAGUUCAUCAGAAAAUAUCGCUUUGUGGAUGAAAACAAGACGCCGAUCUCGUUCUCGGUUCUGCCUUUCUGGUUGGAUGGAGCCGGGAGACCCAACACCAGCAGAGGUCGAGUUUUCUUGCGUGGCAUUGCCGACGGCCACCAGAUGGUCUCUAAGGAAGUGACUUCCUGGAAGCUUGGGCUCGAAGGGGGUAAGCCUGAGAUUUCAGUGCUUACGAAGGAAAGUGAGUGGAUAAGGCUUCUCAACCCGAGCAAGAGCUACUUGGAGACGGCGAGGACGAUAAUGAUCACUGUACAUUGGCUUCAAUUAAUAAGGAGGAAUCCGGAAGCAUCUGCAAACAGUGUUUGGGAACAUCUAUCCAAACCUUUUCGUUCGUUCGAGGUCAGACCUUCUGAGAAUGACCUCAGGGAUCACACCUCGUUGAUCAAGCUGGUUGCAGAGAGGGACGGGUUGUUAUCAAACUCUCAGUUGUUAGUGGUGGCUAUGAAGAAGCUGGGGAAGAGACUAAUUCCUGCUGUGGCUGUUCAGAACGAUCUAGAUGCAAAAAGCCAAUUUAUUGCUGAUGAUGUGGAAGUGGAAUCCGAUGAACAGAGAGCGUCAUUUGAUUCAGUUUGUGCCAUUUGUGACAAUGGUGGUGAAAUUUUGUGCUGUGAAGGCAAGUGCCUGAGGUCCUUUCAUGCCACUAGAGAUGCAGGCAUUGAUACAGAUUGUAGAUCCCUUGGCUACACCAGGGCUCAAGUAGAGGCCAUGCAGAUAUUUCUAUGCAAGAAUUGCCGGUAUAAGCAGCAUCAAUGCUUUGCCUGUGGCAAGUUGGGUUCCUCAGAUGAAAAAGCUGGUGCUAAGGUGUUUCGUUGUGUUUCUGCAACAUGUGGCCGCUUCUACCAUCCAAAAUGUGUUGCACGAUUACUUUUUCCUAAAAAUCAAGCAGAAUCAACUGAAUUUCAAAGAAAAGUUGCAAGUGGGGAGUCCUUUACAUGCCCUAUUCAUAAAUGCAUUGUUUGUAAACAAGCAGAAAAUAAAGAGGUUUUGGAGUUGCAGUUUGCACUGUGUAGACGCUGUCCGAAGUCAUACCAUAGAAAGUGUUUGCCGAGGAAAAUUUCUUUUGAAGGUUCAGAGGAAAAAGGUAUUAUGCUGAGGGCUUGGGAUGAUCUUCUCCCAAAUCGUAUCUUGAUUUACUGCCUGAAGCAUGAGAUUGAUAAAGAUCUUGGAACACCUAUACGAGACCAUAUCAUAUUUCCUGAAGUCAUCGAAAAGAGAAAAUCUGUGGAUGAAUCAACAAAAUUUAAGAUUUUGUUGAAGAAAAGGAAGCUCUCUGAUGACUUGCCUGAAAAGCUGCCUUCUGAAAAUUCAAUUAAAUUAUUUGAGAAGCUUUCUUGUGCGGAAGAUAGUUAUGCUGCAGGUAAAGCUGGGAGAACUGAUGCAAAGCAAGUGGUAGGAUACAAGAAAAAAGUUGAUAUUUUUAGAGAGAGCACAGAACUGGACUCAAGUAGGGUAUUGAAAGUGAAGGGGAAAGCUCCAGUGUCGGAUAUUUUUCCAAUCUUGACUGGAGAGAAGUUUCGUAGCUCAUUUCCUGCGAUAGAUGGUGUAAUGAAAAGAAAGCUUGUUGCUUUAAUGACGGAGGUAUCAUCCACAUUAGCACUUGAAGAUGUUGUAAAAAAGCACUCAACGCCAUCAACCCAUUCAUACUCUGCGAGGCACAUUGACAAGAGCAUUACUCUGGGAAAGGUGGAGGGUUCUGUCGUGGCUAUUCGAACAGCUUUACAAAAGCUAAAAGAUGGUGUCAGCAUUGAAGAUGCCAAAGCUGUAUGCGAACCUGAUGUAGUAAGUCAGAUAAUUAAGUGGAGGAAUCACCUAGGAGUUUAUCUCGCACCAUUUCUCCAUGGUAUGCGCUACACGUCUUUUGGACGCCAUUUCACAAAAGUGGAGAAACUUAAGGAGAUUGUGGAUAUGCUUCAGUGCUACGUAGAAUGCGGUGACAUGAUAGUUGACUUCUGCUGUGGUGCCAAUGACUUUAGUAUACUAAUGAAAGACAAGCUGGAUGCUGUUGGGAAGAAAUGUUCAUUUAAAAAUUAUGAUAUCAUGACACCAAGGAAUGAUUUCAAUUUUGAGAAGAGGGAUUGGUUUACAGUGCAGCCAAAUGAGUUACCUGCUGGAUCUAAAUUGAUCAUGGGGCUCAAUCCUCCCUUUGGGGUCAAAGCAUCACGUGCCAACCAGUUCAUUGACAAAGCCCUGGCAUUCAGACCGAAGCUCCUUAUUCUGAUUGUUCCCCAGGAGACGGAAAGAGUAGAUGAAAGAGAUCCAAGAUAUGAUCUAAUCUGGGAGGACUCUGAAAAACUCUCUGGCAAGUCCUUCUACCUACCUGGUUCUGUUGAUGUUGAUGAACAGCAGAUUGAACAGUGGAAUUUGAGGCCACCUCCCCUCUACCUAUGGAGCCGCAGUGACUUGACAGAGAGGCACAGGGAGAUAGCUAUAAGGCAUGGCCACAUGCUCAAGGAACAUGCCGGGUCUAAUGAUGAAGAAAGCCAAACAGAUAGACCAGUAGAUGCUCCUCCAGCAGAGCAAAAUAAAGAGAGAGAUUCUGCUCUGAAAGAGAAAGAGCACAAGGUUACGAACGAUUGCGACAGAUCGGUAAACCCUGUGGAUAGGUCCCAAAAAAGGGUAUCAAACUGGAAUGAGGAGGUAUUGGAGGGAAUAGAGAAAGAUGAACUGUCAGAUAUGAGCAUUUCAUCUCCUGAUAAGAACGAUUUCCAAUUCCCAUUUGAAAACCAAAUCCCAUCGACUCCUUUUGGCUUGUCCGACUUUGCACUUUGUCCAGAACCCCGAUCAUUCGACCAGCGUUCUUAUGGUUGGCUUGAUGACUAAUGUUAUAUUUGGAUUGUUUUCCUGGUCAUCUUAACAAAUAUUCUAUGGCCGCUUUUGAAUAUGUUGCUUUCAUUUACAUUUGAAUUUACAAUUGCCUAUGUAGUUUUGAUGAGGUUUUGACAUGCCAAAACUCCAUGGUGAAGGUUGUGCUGUAGUAUGAUGGGCAUGAAUUGCAACGAUCUAUGGUUUUGGAGUUUGUUACACACUGCACAAAUACUUAUAAAAUAAUAAGGAACUUUUUUU